GGCCCCGGUGGCAAGCUCUGCGAACUGUGCCUUGCUUCAUUUCGCUGUCUGGUCUUCCCCAAUGCCUUCUUCUAGUCGGAUUCCAUGUUGGCACUUCCUCAACAUUUACCCACCUUUCCUCUCUUCUACUAACAAUGGGGUGGUUGCUUUCCGACGUUGCUUUCCUUUAGUAGUCUUUUUCAUGCAUCAGUUGUAUUAUUUUCUCGACAUCCACACAACUGACAGAUCCACCAUAUUAAUUCACAGUAAAUGGGCAAUGCUUUGAAGAAAUCCAAACAGCAAGCAAUCCUUUUUUCUUCUCCUCCUCCUAAAACACUUUGGUUUUGAAGAAGUGCAUGCACAUGCACCAGAAGAUAGAUAUUGUAGACUCUCAUGGAAAAGGAUCUGCAGUGCAUCUCAAAGAACCUGUGGAAGAAGGAGCGAAAACACCUAGAAUUCCCUUGGGUUUGCAGACCCCUGUGAGGAGUCUAUGAGUCUUGGGAGCAGUCUUAUAUUUCCUCAGUAGAAUAUGCCUCAGGACAGUCUAAGAUCAGCUGUUCACAGAUGUUUAACAAAGACAAUUCCUGUUGGAUUUGAAGAUGGGAAUGAAACAGUGCAAUGUGGGACAAGUAGAAGGUCCAUGACAUCCCUGUCCGUUGCAUCAGAGCCUAUGGAUGGAAGAGGCCGUCGUGGGCCAGAUCUGAUGCCCUUCAAGGGUAAGGAAGAAGAGGUCACGGCCUACCAAGAAGACGGUGAGUUGCAGCUAUUGCAGGUCUUUACAGGAGCUCGCAAGCUGAACCAGAUGAUCGGCUCCUGGUCGAAGGCACCAAAUCUUGAUGGGCGAUGGAAUUAUUUUGCAGAAGAUCUUCUGAGAAGUGCUGUUGAUCUCCAGGAGUCAUUAAUCAUGCUCAACAAGCUUCAAAAUGCCUCAAAGCUCAUGUCCAGGAUGAAUAGGAAGCAGAAACAAGAGUUCAUAUAUAAAAGAGAGCAAGAAUUGGAACAAGAAAACCAUUUUGGUCCAUUGUGUUCUCAAAGAUUUGCAGGUGGUAGCUACCACAAUAGAUUGCAGGAACCACGACUUUCUGUCGACGGGUCUUCGAGGAAUCUCAUUGGGGAGCUGAAAGAAGUGAUAGGAGACAGCCUCUACAGGCAGAACCUCUUGUCAUUAUCUUCUGAUGAUGAGAAGGCUUCUUCGAGCAAGUCGCUGAGAUACUCUCCAAGCAAGGGUUACAGGGAUAAGCCAAGUGAGCAAAAGGUAGAGGUGGUUGGUUCUGUUCUUGCCUCGGACCAAACUAAGAAGCCAAAAGCUUCAAAUUUGAUUGCUAAGCUUAUGGGUCUGGAAGAAGUCUCUUCAGAAACUGUUCAGCCAAUCAAAAAAGAAGAGAAGGGAAAAAGCAUAAAUUCCCCAAGAUAUAGUCUUGAUACUGAAAGGCCAAAGGCAAGGAAGCGGCAAUCUGGACAGCAAAUUCCAGAUCCAAAGAGGAAGACACUGAACAACGAGACAGUGCACUUUAAAGGUAUUUUUAAGAGUAACCAAAUCGAAGACUGCAGAUUUCAGCAUCGUUUCUUUGAUACUCCACGGGUGCCACGGUAUGCCAGACAUUUCUAUAGGGAUGAUGUGCCACCAAUUAUGAUUGUGAAUUCUCUGCAUUUACCAUGCCUGGAGAGAGGAGAGGUCCAGAAGGAACUCACUUUAGAAAGGGUCACAGUUAAGGAACAGAGAAGAUCAACUAAGUUGUUCCAGGAAGAGAGGGCUUCUCAUCAGACAACAAAUAUGGUAACCAAAAUAUUAGAGAGAAAACAAGUGAAGCCCAGGGGGAAGACUAAAGAGAAACCAACCCCAAAUGUUAAGGCCAUUGAUUCUUCAUGUCAGAAACAGCAGAGGAAAGAGGCUUCUAAGGCUCACAAAAAACCCAAUGGAAAAAAGAAGCCACAACUGCUGAAUGAGAGAAAACAAGAAGAAAAGAAGAAUGUUAAAGCGACAAAGGUGUCAACAUCACAUCCCAAUACUUCCACAGAACCGGCAAAGUCUGAUAGAAGACUACCAGCAGCAAGGAAUAUUGCUUCCACACAAAUAAGUACAUCACAAAAUCUAAAUCUAAAAUGUUCAUCAAAAUCGUUAGAACAGAAUUUCUCUGAUUCCACAAAGGAGAAGAAGAUUGCAGGAGCAAAACCAGUCAAAAGAUCUAACAUUGUCAAAGCAAAUGACGAUAAGAAAAGCAAAGAAGAUGGCAAAGUAUUCUAUUCUCAUAAUAAAAUGGAUAAUGUCUCAACAACAAGCAGCAGUUUUUCUGGUGAUGAACUCCCUGAACAGGCUGACCAAGGCGCAAAACCAUGCAACAGAGAUGACACAACAAAAACCCAGAAUGUAUUAUGUGAAGUUAUUGGAAAGACCAAUCGAGUUCAAAAAAUCUCUGAAUUAGAAGCAGCAGCAAUUCAACUUCCUGAAAAGAAAGCAACUAUAGGAGAAGCAGCUGCAAUAGAAGAUGACCUAAAACUGUUGUUUUUGAGCAGCCAAUCAUUCCUUAACCGUGCACAAGAACUUUUCCAUGUUGAUGCUAUCAGACCUGUAUGCUAUCAAAAUAAAGGCAAAGAUGAGGUUGGAAAAAGAAAAGCUAAGCUCUUACUGGACAUUGCGGAAGAGCUAAUGGUGUGCAAAAGCCACCAGCAGAAGCACUGGAUUCAUUCAUCGGUCCAGACCAACUUGUGGGGUGGAAUGGUAUAUCAUUCUCUAGACGAGUUGGUGGAGGAAAUCAGUAAUGAGAUCAGUGAACUGACUGAUUACAAUACAGUUGAUGAUAAUGCCACCGCAGAUUGUCUUUAUAUAAGGCUGGAGAGAGAUCUCAAAUGCAAGGAUGCAAUGCUAAAUGCUAUGUGGGACUUUAGAUGGGUGAAUUGGAUUUGCAUGGAAGACACAAGCCAAAUUGUAGGUGAAUUGGGAGAGCAUAUCUUGGCUUGUCUUAUUGAAGAGGCUGCUACUGGAUUGGUCUAUUAAAAAGGCUUUUAUGUUUCUGGGGACCUUAGGUUGUGUGUGUAUAUCGAACGACUGCUUGCAGUUCUAUUUUAUACAUGAUACCAUGUUUUGUAGCCACAAAAAGCUAUUUUAUAUAGCAAACUAUCGAACAAUAUAAUAAAUAGAAAAGAGUACUAAACAUGAGCUGAGGUAUUGUCAUUGCCAAAGAGUGCUAUUUGAGAAGGUUGUUGUAACUCAUUGACACUGUGAGAGUUUCUCUUGCAGUCACUGGUGGUGAUCAAUAGGCAUGAAUCUUGAUGAUUCUUGUUAUGUUAUGAAACUUAUGUCCUUUUGGUUUAAA